CAUGUGGGCAACUGGUGCUUUAGUGAUUCUCAAGAUGCGAACCGCAGUGAAUCUGAUUGCUGCCAUGUUGCUUAUUGCCGGGCUAGACCUUCUAUCUACUACCGAUGCUGCUAGCGAGCCUGUGUGUGCCUAUCGUAACUUCGAGGAUGAGACCAUUUUCUUGAAGUAUUUGCCUUUACUCAAAAAGGGGCAGGACUAUGUCGACUUUGGCAAAGAUGGCAAGUGUCUGAAACGAGCUAUCUGCACCGACACCUUCAAAAUAGAAAUUGAAGACUGCACCAAGCAAAAGAUAAGCUGCGUGAACAAACAUCGGUUUACAGGUGUGUUUCCUGGUUGCUGUGUCAAAUGUUAGGCUAGUAUCCCUCAGGUGCAACAAAUAUUGUCAAUGUUUUUUUCAAUAAACUUGGACAUUAAACAUGAAACCUAUACACA